AUGGCGCUUGCUGAUGUUUGUGGAUUGAAGUUCCAGCCACUUCAGAGCUCCUUACUUUGUGGAGACAGCUCGGACUCUUCACGUUUAGUAGACGAUGCUUUAACAUCUUCUCACAACUUCACAUUGCCGAACAAUUUUGACCCAGUUGAAAACCUGAAAGCAUUUACUGAUCCAAAAAGUGACGUGAAGAUUCAAUUUCAUCAUGGAACAACUACACUUGCAUUCAAGUUCCAACAUGGUGUCAUCGUGGCUGUGGACUCCCGAGCUACUGCUGGUUCCUACAUUGCCUCCCAGACAGUGAAGAAGGUGAUUGAAAUAAACCCAUACCUCCUAGGGACAAUGGCUGGGGGUGCAGCUGACUGUUCCUACUGGGAGAGGUACCUUGCUAAACAGUGCAGAAUCUACGAACUCCGCAACAAAGAAAGAAUUUCUGUUGCAGCAGCAUCCAAAGUGUUGGCAAAUAUUGUAUACAGUUACAAGGGGAUGGGGCUGUCCAUGGGUACAAUGAUCUGUGGAUGGGAUAAGAAGGGACCAGGACUAUACUAUGUAGACAGUGAUGGGACCAGACUUACAAACAACAUUUUCUCAGUCGGUUCUGGCUCAACUUACGCCUAUGGUGUGUUGGACUCUGGCUAUGCCUGGGAUCUAACCGUGCCGGAGGCCAUAGACCUGGGUCGUCGUGCGAUCUACCAUGCCACUCACCGUGAUGCGUACAGUGGAGGAGUAGUUAACUUGUAUCAUAUGAAAGAGACAGGCUGGGAGUUUAUAUCACAGACAGACACUGCAGAGAUUCACUACAAAUUCCAGGAGGAGAAAAAGCAGUCCCGGUGAUGACUUCUUCCUGAUCAUAGCUAUCUAACUCUCACAGCGAGUCUCCGCGCGGAAAUUGUGUCCUCUGAAUGUGUCGGAUGAUUUGUGUUAAGACAGUGAUCCACAUCAUCUAUUUAAAACAUUGAAAAGUCUGUCUUACUAAUAAUUUUUGACAGAUUUUUCAGUUUUCACAAUUGACUUUGUCAUUUGUCAUCUCACUGUUAGUGAUGAAAUUCUAAUGACUUUGAUGUAAGUGCUAUAAGUUACAUUACUGUAGGAUGCCAGUCUGUAUCUAUCACAUGUCAGACCUAAAUAAGUCUGGUAUCUUACAAAAUAAAAAAUACAUUAUCAUAA